AUGAAUUGCUGUGACAGCAGUGAGACCAUUGGUGAUAUGCUGAGGGAGGUAUACCUAGUUUGGGGAUAUUCAUUUGUCUUAUUUAGAUCAUUUUUCGUUCUUUUCCAGGCUCUACCAGUUGGAAGGGAAUUAGUUGCUUGUUUAACAACCUUUAAAGAAUUAGCUUCGUUCAGUGAGGGUAGAAGUGCUUUUAUGUCCAGUUUUGCACAGCUGAGAGCUCCUAUUUUUGAGAAUCUUGAACCAAAAAGAAGACGUGAAGGCGAUGCGAACGAUACUCUCCUCGAUGAGUCUGGUUCGAUUAAGCAUCCACCUCUAUUGUAUUGUUGCAGAAACUUGUUGAGAUCAAUUGAUGCUAGGGAUGGUCUGUUACCCUACGCUGUUGACGCUGCAAGGGAAUUGUUUUCAGGUGCUCUAUUUCUCUGCAUGGAAGGUAAAAAUUUUAACAUGGAGGGCGUUGCUGUGUUGAAAUGCCUUUUUGGGCUUCGUCAUGAUUUUGAUGGCACUGAUGAUUUUCCACAAGAGAAAUCCAAGGAUUUAGAGGAACUGAUAAUUCUGUUAAACAAAAGGUUUAAUGAGGAUGAAAGAUCAGUUGCUUCAAAUCUGAAAACCACUUUAUUGCAGACUGUGGAAUACGCAAAAUCAAUAUUGAUAUUACUGCAAAAGCCUAUUGGCUCACUUAAGGUCAAGGAUAUCUGUUCUGUUGGGUCAUCACUGCCACGGAUCAGGAAGUUCGACAUUAAUGCUGAAAAGGCUGAUGAUUGCUUUUCUUUUGGGGGACUUGUGGACAAGUUUCUCUGGGAAUGUCCUGACUCUUCAUCUGAUAGACAGCAAGCUCUUCCUGUAAAGAGGAAAAUGGCAUCAAUAGAAGGCUCCAAUAGGCGUUCCAGGGUUGAAGGUUCAGGUUCAGAGGUCAUUGGCUUGAAUGCAUUUUCGCGGGGAUUGGGGAUUCCAGCUCCCUCUUCUGGUCCUACUCGCAGGGAUACCUUUAGGCAACGCAAACCAAACACCAGCAGGCCUCCUUCUAUGCAUGUGGAUGACUAUGUUGCUAGAGAAAGAAAUGCAGAUGGUACAAGUAGUACCUCAAAUGUUGUAGGCUCAAUACAGCGUGGGGGAUCAACCAGUGGUAGGCCUCCAUCAAUUCAUGUUGAUGAAUUCAUGGCAAGACAGAGAGAGCGUCAAAAUCCAGCGAUUAUGGCAGUUGGGGAGCCAGCAGCAUCAAACAAAAAUGCCCCUCCUGAAAAUGAAGUUGAUUCUGAGAAGUUCAAUAGAUCUCAGCAGUUGAAAGCAGAUCUUGAUGAUGAUCUGCAGGAAAUAAAUAUUGUGUUUGAUGAUGAGGAGACGGAAUUGGAUGAUAGAUUAUCAUUUCCCCAGCCAGAUGAUCUUUUGCAGCCUGCCCCAGUCAUAACUGAAGAAGGUUCCCCCCAUUCAAUUGUUGAAGAGACUGAAAGUAAUGUAAAUGAAAGUACUCAGUUUUCUCACUUGGGUACACCACCAACAUCCAAUGUUGAUGAAAAUACACGAAGUGAAUUUUAUUCUUCUAGGAGGGCAGUUUUACGAUCUGAGAUGGGAUUGAGUCGAGAAACAAGUGUUUCUUCAGUUAAGUACAUGGGGCCAAAUGGGGAGAAAACAUUUUUCCAGGAGCAAUCUGAUGAGACGAAAAGUACUAUUCCGGUUAUGCCCUCUGGUGGGUUCAGUUCUGCUGCAACAGCAAACAUGUCUGGAUUUCCUACACCCUUCUAUAAUAAAGGUUCUCCUGUGCAAUUACUAGGUGAUUCUAGGGCAUCUCCACGUAGUUUCUAUCAGAGGGACAGUCCUCAACAACCUGUUAACACUACUUCGGCAACUGGAUCUCAAGCAUCUUAUGAACAGAAACCACUGCUCAAUCAACCCCCACUACCUCCAUUGCCCCCUCCACCAAUAGUCUCCAUACCCUCACUGACAGCUGAAUCUGUUCAAAGUCAUUCCUCUCCAUUUGGUCACUCUAUGAGAGAUCUUCUACCUCCACUUCCAACAGGAUAUCCAUUGCAGGCAUUUGAUGGUAGUGGCCCCAAUGCUGUACCGACUUUCCAUGAUUCAAAGUAUUUUUGGGCUUCUGUUUCUUCUUCAAGUAGGUUAACUGAUGAAAUCAACACUUCUAGUGGAUCUGGCAGACCACCUCCGCUUCCUCCUACUCCUCCACCGUAUUCAGCUACAUCUGUUACACAAUCAUCUUUAAAGUCUAAUACCCAGUCAUCAGGGUUAAGUCAGAGUGGUGCUGGAACCACCCAGGUUCCAUUGACAUCUGCCAUACCUUUAACUGAUACUAGAUCCAGUAACUUUUCUGCAUCUGGAGGCCUUCUGACUUCUUAUUCACCACCUCCACCACCUUUGCCACCAUUGCUGGCCAGUAGGCCUACAUCUGUUCCUGGAAACUUUUUUAUCAGUACGCCAACUCAGCAACAGGGCCAAAACUUGUCUAGUCUCUCACAUACCAUAACCAGUCAGCCUUCCAUUCAGUUGGCUCAACCUCGUGUACAGUUACAACCACUGCAACCUCCACAACCACCCCGUCCACCCCAUCCUCCUCAGCACAUUAGGCCACCUAUACAAGUUUCACAACAGCAAUCAGACCAUGGGGUGUCUCUGCUACAGAGCCCUAUUCAACUGCAAAUGCAGCCACUACAGAUGCCGCAGGCGCAUAUUUCUACUGUUCCUGUUUACUAUCAACCCCAUCUUCCAGAACACCUUUCACAACCUCAGCAACAACAGGUUGAAUAUGUACAACCUCAAAACCUGUACCAGCAAGGUGAUAAUUCAUCCCAACAACAUCAAGAUUCAGGGAUGUCACUACUGCAGCAAUACUUUAGUUCUCCUGAAGCAAUUCAGUCUUUGUUGAGUGACCGGGAGAAACUUUGUCAGCUUUUAGAGCAACACCCAAAAUUAAUGGAGAUGCUUCAGGAUCGGCUGGGCCAACAUUAACAAUGUGAUGCCAAAGAUGUCAAUUUUUCCGCUUGUUUCUGUUGAAGUUAUGUUGAGUCGGCUCCUUGGAGAUUCAUUUACCUAGGAAUGGCAACCAAUGUUAUCUUCUGGUCACGGAUGUAUUGAACACCAUACGUGAUUUUUGUACCCAUGUACAUUAUGUUUGAAUAGAUGGAUGUUUAUAUAUAUAUAUAUAUAUAUUUUCUGUAUGAGAAUUUAUUUACUUCUUUAUUCGUUUAUUUAUCAGGAAAGGCAGUGGCUGUGCCAGUGAGUCGGUCACCUAUUUCUGCCACAUGGAAUGAUGAUCUAAUGAUAGAUAGGAAAUUUCUGGAGUUA